AAAAUCGACCCCACCACCAUACAAAAUGCCUCGUGCAACUUCAGGGCGUUUCUCGCGCACUCACCAGCCGUCAAUAAAAUCAGCCGUUGCAUCAUCUUCAUCCAAAAACCACAGUGCAAAUGAAGGGACUUCAGCUGGCGUCCGCAACCCAAUAUUCAAUACAGAAAGAUUCGGGCAACAUAUCUUGAAGAAUCCGCAGAUCGCUCAAACUAUCGUGGAUAAGGCAAAUCUCCGCCCCACGGAUAAAGUCCUCGAAGUCGGUCCUGGUACGGGUAACCUCACCGUAAAGAUCCUUGAAAAAGUCAAAAAUGUCACCGCUGUUGAGAUGGACCCACGGAUGGCGGCUGAAUUGACGAAGCGAGUUCAGGGGAAACCGGAACAACGAAAACUCGACAUAAUCAUCGGAGACUUUGUGAAAGCCGAUCUCCCAUAUUUCGACGUAUGCAUAUCCAACACGCCCUAUCAAAUAUCAUCACCCCUUGUCUUCCGCCUUCUCUCUCACCGACCCAUAUUUCGCGUCGCAAUCCUCAUGUUUCAGAGAGAAUUUGCCAUGAGGCUUGUCGCUCGGCCCGGGACUGAGCUUUGGUCGCGGCUAUCCGCGAACGUACAACUUUAUUCGAAGGUGGACCUGGUUAUGCACGUCGGGAAAAAUAACUUCCGACCAGCACCGCAAGUUGAAUCGUCAGUGGUCCGACUGGUACCUCUUGAUCCUCCUCCCCCUAUCAAGUUCGAGGAAUUUGAUGGGCUGGGUAGAAUCAUCUUUUCGAGGCGAAAUAAAAUGGUGCAUGCCACAUUCAUGGCCAAAGGCGUCAUCGAGAUGCUGGAACAAAAUUGGAGAACGUGGUGCUCAACGCAAAAUAAGAUGAUCGAUGACAAUACAAACAUGAAAGCUAAAGUAGAAGAAGUCCUGAGCUCAUCGGGUUUCUCGGAACAGCGGGCAGCCAAGAUGACCCUUGACGAUCUUCUAAAACUACUAUCUGCAUUUCACGACGAGGGCAUACAUUUUGCUUGAUUGAACUUUCGAUGGAUGUAUUAUAUCAGGCUGGUGAAUACACGCGCUGUUGCAACGCUCACAUGUGCCAAUCCAUAUGGUGAUUGAUCACUCUACCGUCGAUGCACAACCCAGUGGCAAUCACGGUAGCGGAUGGUUUACAAUGUAGGAGUCGCAAGAUUUCUUAAGAGGAAUUAUACGCAGCUUGAAACCAAGCCAUUGGCUGCAUCUUUGGACACUCUGCAUGAACACAGGCAAAACUGCAAUGCUUCCUCCAUCCAACAGUAAUAGGAAUUACGGAGUGGCAGAUAAGUCCUGGGCGCUUCAAAUGCACAGCCUAUGCUGUAUAUAAGCUGUGAAGCGAUGUCAAAACGGACGCAGAGGCAGUGAACUCAACUCUGACUUGAC